UGUACACUCUAUCUAAACUCUCUCUAUAAGUAGUGGGCAAAGUUGUCUCUAAGUCACAGGCUUUGUUCUCUCUGCUUCAUUUUUAAUUGUUUCUCUCCACUCUACACUGAAGAGACAUGGGAUUCGAGCUCUAACUCAAUACAUCUAUAUACCUCCAACUCUAAUUUCAAGCCUCCACAGCAAGCUUAAAUCAGGAUGGAAAGCAAUCAUACCACCGAGACUAGUGAACUCUCGAGCACGGCUCUGCAAUUGAUGAUGGAGUUCCCAUUCCUCUCCUUCCCAAUGAUUUUCACAUCCCUGCUCUUUCUGUUCAUGCUAUUCAAAACCAUGAUCAGUUCAUCUCCAAAACUGCCUCCCGGGCCAUGGAAGCUACCUCUAAUAGGAAACAUUCCCCAACUUGUUGGAGCUCUACCCCAUCGCCGCCUAAGAGACUUGGCCAAGAAAUAUGGACCUCUGAUGCACCUGCGACUCGGAGAACUUUCUAUUAUUGUCAUUUCUUCUGCAGAAACCGCGAAGGAGGUGAUGAAAACACAUGACAUUGUGUUUGCUAGCAGGCCUUUUCUUCUUGCUGUAAGUGUCAUAAUUGAGAAUGACAUUGCCUUUGCACCUUAUGGGGAUUACUGGAGGCAACUCCGAAAACUCUGCAUACUGGAGCUUUUAAGUGCCAAGCGUGUCCAAACAUUUCGACCCAUCAGGGAAGAAGAGAUCUCCAAUUUGCUUGAAUCUGUUUCGACGCAUACAGGAUCUGUGGUCAAUCUCACUGAAAAGCUUUUCAACAUGACAUACAGCAUCACUGCAAAGGCGGCCGUUGGUAAGAAAUUCCAGGGGCAAGAAGAAUUCAUCUCACUUAUCAAGGAAACCAUAGAGUUGGGAGGAGGUUUCAAUGCUGCUGACCUCUAUCCUUCAGUUAAAAUGCUGGCUGUGAUAACUGGACUGAGGUCUAAAGUUGACAAGGUUCAUCAAAAAAUUGACAAGACGUUGACCACCAUCAUUGAUGACCGAAAAGCUAGGAAGGCGGGAAAACAGACCCGUAAUGGUGAAGCUGAUCAUGAAGACCUGGUAGAUGUUCUUCUAAAACUUCAGGAGGAGGGUAAUCUUGAGAUCCCCUUAAGUACCACAACCGUCAAGUCAGUUAUCUUGGACAUGUUCAUUGGCGGGAUUGAGACAUCAUCAAAUACUUUAGGGUGGGCACUUGCAGAAUUGCUGAAACACCCAAGAGUUAUGAAGAAGGCACAAGCUGAGGUGAGACAGGUUUUAAGUAAAAAAGGAAAUGAAAUCAUUACCGAUGAUGACAUCCCUGAAUUGAGUUAUAUGAAGUUAGUUAUCAAAGAAACUCUGAGAUUACACCCUCCUCUCCCUUUACUAAUUCCAAGAGAGAACAGUAAGAAAUGUGAAAUCAAUGGAUAUGAGAUACCUGCGAAAAACAAAGUUAUUGUCAAUGUAUGGGCAAUUGGUAGAGAUCCUGAAAAUUGGAGUGAUCCAGAGAGCUUUGUUCCAGAGAGAUUCCUUGACAGUUCAAUUGAUUACAAGGGGACUCAUUUUCAAUAUCUACCAUUUGGUGCUGGGAGGAGAAUCUGUCCCGGGAUGUCAUUCGGGGUAGCUAAUGUUGAGCUUCCGCUUGCAAAUUUAUUGUAUCAUUUUGACUGGAAGCUUCCUGGGGGAGAGAAGUUUGAAGAUUUAGACAUGACUGAGGCGUUUGGUGCAGCAGUUUGUAAGGAAAGAGAUCUCUGUGUGAUUCCUAUAGCUUAUAAUUGUGAAUAAGAAGAUAUUAUGACAAGAAGGCAGAGAAAGCAUUGGAUGGUCAUUUUAAAUUUGGCAAAGCCAUCCAUUCUUGAAUUAAUUUCCAGUUUCAGUGUGAGCCUAUAAUGCUAAUUAGUUCAUGUGAUAAAAUAUAUAUAUAUAUAUAUAACAAUGCUAUGGGGGCUUCCAUAUGUUAUUGAAUAAAGAGAAGACUUCACUUA